AUGGAGGUUAUGAUUUCAGCAGAUGAAUUUAUGAGUGUGAGAAAUGGGAAUUAAAACACUUAUAAGAAACUUUGUUAAUCAUUUUUAAAAGUGAAAGACCCUUUGACUUAGUUAAAAGUUGGUUUGUGUAUCUUAAAAUCACCACCUGAAGAGAGAAUGGAUUUUGAGUUGGCAGUUUUAGAAUAGGCAACAAAGGAAUUAGAAUUUUUUAAGAGUUUACAUGAUUCAAAGUUACAUUAAAAAUGUUGUAAGAUGAUGGUAUAUAGACAUUAUAUGAAGAAUGAUAUAAUAUUUAAGGAAGGUAAUUAUUAAUAUUUGAUAUAAAAGGUGAUUCAUCAAAUGAGUUCUUCAUAAUUUUAGAUGGAAGUGUGAAUGUUUAUGUACGUAAAAAGUAGGAUAGAAUAGAUGCAGAAAUAGAACAUGAAUAAUAAUAAUUGAAAGUUCUAUCAGAGGAAGAGAUUGAACAUCAUCCAAAUACAAUAGUAAGAUACUAUUAGCCUCCAAGAUUAUUAACUAGAAGAAUGACAAUAAAUUUAAGAGAAGAUGAUUUUGAAUAGUAAUUUUAAGGAUUAAUAAUUUUAGAAUAUCAAAAUCAUAUAAGCCUCGAACAAUUAUUCAUACUGAUAGAUAGGAUACUAAACAUAAAGAUGUUGAAAUAAUAAAAAAGUUAACUCAUGGACUUGAGAAAUUAUAAGAUAAAGAAUUUCUAUUUAAUGGAGGUGUUUUUCUACAUGAAUAUGUUGCACGUAUUAAUGAAGGUUAAAUGUUUGGAGAGAGAGGAUUAUUGAUUGAAUCUGCAAGAACUGGAACUGUUAUUGCCAAUACAUCUCUACAUGUUGCCGUAUUAACAAGAAAAGAUUAUAAAAUAUUAUUGGAAGAUAAUUAAUUGGGUAAUGCUUGCCAUAAAUAAAAGAAAAAAUAAGAAAGAAGACCAGAUUAUUGAGUAAUUCUAUCUUGAAAUAUCUUACUUACAAGGAAGCUAUAGAGACACAAUAUAAAUUUGAAAAAGUUCAUUAUCCGAUUGGUCAUUAUAUAUAUAAGAUUGGGGAUACACCAUAAUAAUUAAUAGUAAUUAAAAAAGGCACUGUAAGAUUAUUUAAAAAAGAAAAUCAAAAACUUUUUCCUUUAUGUGAAUUAGGUUAAGAUCAAUAUUUCGGAGAAUUAGAAUAUUUUGAAUAAAGUGAUCGUAUUCAUACAGUUUAAGUAACUUCUCAGUAUUUCUCUGCAUAUUCUAUUACUUAUAUUGAUUUAGCCAAAUUAUUAGCAUCGUAUCCACAAUGUGAAAAAUAGUUGAAACGACAUUAUGAAUAGAGACAUAAGAUAAAUGAUGAAAGAAUGAGCAAAACUAUUAAAACUCAUAAAAGACUUAAUUAUUCUGAAUAAUUUAAACAGAAACCUACUAAUCUCUCUUAACCUAUUUUAGAGAUUAAAUCAUAAUUCAAUAGCCAACAUUAAACAUAAGAGUCUCCUAAGAAAUAUUCAAUCUAUUAAGCUAAGAAAUAGAUAUCCUAAAUGGAAUUUAUUAAAACUACUUCAUAGUAACUUAAAUAAAUUAGAAAAAUUUAAAGAAGAGAAUAAAAAAAGUAUUUGAUAUUUAUAUUUAGAGCACAGUCUGAAAAUGAGAAAAGUCUUGCUGAUACUUUAAAUCAUCUAGAAGUUUAAUUAUCAUUAAUCAGAAGAGAAUUUAGACGUAAUGAAUAAAGACGAUUCAGUAGUAUUAUUUUUGAUAAAGAUUCAAAUCAAAAUGCUUCGAUAGUAAAUAGUCAUUAGAAUUCAAAAACUUUGAUUAGUAAUAAAGCAUUAAAUUUCCAAGAAAGACAAAGUAGUAUUUCUUAAUAAUAAUAAUAAUAAUUUAAAUUUCCCAACUUCAUAGACUUUAAUUCAAAAUUAUUAUCAUUAGAUAUUAUUGAAGAUAAUCCAAAAGAGAUCUCAAGUCCUCAUAAAGAAUACCUUUCUCCUUUAAAUCAAGGAGUUAUGAUAUCAUCUAAACAUAACCUAUUUAGAAAUAAACCAUAAAGACUCUGUCUGAUGAGUAAUUAUGAAAGAAGAUAACCAAAAACUCAUAGCACUGAAUUAUCUAUAAAAACUUUUUUAAAUUGA